ACAGGUUGCCAUGGUAACGGCAGCUUCCUCCCGGCAUGCAGCAGCCUGCGCCCCCCUCCCUCCCUGUCAGAGCGGCGCAGGGUGGAGCAGCAGACGGACCGACAGCAGCAGCAGCAGCAGGAGGAGUGAAGAUGGAUGGAGACUCCGCCCCCCUCACAGAUGGCCCCGCCUAUGAAACGCAGAAGAUGGAAGAAAAAGCCCCUGUGAAGGCAACUUCUGAAGAAUCAGUGAAGGCCUCCGGGACAGCAGGAGGCACCAGAGCAGCCAAGAUGAUCUCAGCCAAGAGCACAGAGUCCGUGGAUGGCGUCAGCAGCCCAGGAAGUCGUUCUCCCGCCAGCCGAUCGUCCACACCUAACAGAGAGGUGAAGAAGGUGGCGGUGGUCCGGACCCCCCCCAGGUCUCCUGGCUGUGCUCGUGGACGGACGCCCCCCCUCCCCUCUCAUCCAAUGCCCGACCUCAGCAAUGUGAAGUCAAAGGUCGGGUCCACGGAGAACCUGAAGCACUCACCUGGAGGGGGCAAGGUUCAGAUCAUCAACAAGAAGCUGGAUCUCAGUAAUGUGACGUCAAAGUGCGGCUCCAAAGACAACAUCCACCACAAACCAGGUGGAGGGAAGGUGGAGAUCAAGUCCGAGAAGGUGGCCGUUAAGGCCGUUCAGUCCAAAGUCGGCUCUCUGGAGAACGUCACUCAUGUGCCGGGAGGAGGGAAGAAGAAGAUUGAGACUCAGAAGCUGAGCUUCAGAGAGGGCGCCAAAGCUCGAACCGACCACGGUGCUGAAAUCAUCAUUCAAGCUGACUCCUCCCCUUGUGAUCUUAGCAACACUUCCUCCCACGGAAGCCUUAAUGCUACUGAAGCUCCGCCCCUUGACACCCUGGCCGAUGAGGUGUCCGCCUCGCUUGCCAAACAAGGCCUGUGAUUGGACAAACCCUGUGCCUACAGACCCUGCCCCCCUCCUGUCACCAAGGAAACGGCCUAAUAGAAGAAAAGAAAUCAUCAUAUUUGUUACACAAAGCUACCGAGGAUUGGAGAGAUUUUAUGAAUCAUAAGUCCAGGUGAGUUCAUCCAGGUGUGCAGAGUCACAUGAUCGGCCUCACUUACAUUUAUUAUCUCCACUGCGACCCAACUUUAAGCUGAGCAGUGACAAACGAAUGAAUAAAUAUGACUUUCACCACAUAAAUGUUUAACUAUAAGAGUUCCCGUGGUCAGCUGAUCAGCUCGGCGUGCCGCUGGCCUCGUCUCACUUUCAAGAACCUGAUCAAAGACCCGACGGCGUGAAAUCAUGCGAUUAAACACAAACUCCACAAACCUGUGACAUGUAAACACCCACAGCACCGCCCCCGUACCCGGAGCCCGCUCUUUAAUCUGACCUUUGAAGAAAAUUUGAGCUCGUUUUAAAUUUGACGGCAGAAGCAUGGCCAUGAACGUGUCGCUGCGAGUUCGCCUGCGCUGUGCAUUAGUUUGGUUUUGAGCACUGAUUCGAUGAAAAAGCAUCUGAAGCAUGAACUCACCAUUAUUUUAACAUCUGCGUUUAGUCUUGAGCACUUCCUGGAGGAAACAGGAAGUGUGAGAACGGUGGGAAAAAGUGAAACAUUAAGUCAUGUGACUCUGGAAACAGGAAGUGUGCUAUUAGAGUUGUUCAUAAAAUCUCUCCAAUCAUCAAGCCUCUCUCUCUCUGAUGUCAUCUUUCUACCAAUCACAUCUCUUCUGUGUUUUUGCUGACGUGCUGUACCAACCCCUCACCACCACCAUCAUCAUUAAAAAAAUACCCAGAAUGCCGUUUGAUACCAGGUGCCAAAACAUUUGUGUCUCUCUGCCUGUUGGCUGUUCAAGUGCUUUGUACCAAUAAAGUUUCUCUUGAAUCUGA